AUGCCUUCUUCAAUUAAUAUUUAUUGCCUUCUUUUUAUCUUCUCUACUUUUUUAAUAUUUGAAGUUAAAAAUGAGAAAUGCAUUCCACUUUAUGGAGAAAAUUGUAUAGCAAAGGUACUUCAGGGAAGCUGUUGUGGAACUUUAAGUUGUUCACGUACUUAUGCCGCUAACAGUAACCGUGCGAGAUAUCAAUGUCUUCAACAAGCUUGCAAAACAGGAACGUGUAAUAAAAAUGAUGAUAGAUGUUGUUAUGGUAUGAGAUGUAUAACUGAACAAUGUAAAUAUUGUCGACUAAAAAAUCAACCCUGCGAUGGUAAAGACAAUUUUUGUUGUCUUGGGGACUGCAUAAAUGGGAUAUGUACAAAAUGA